GUCGCAGCCGCCCGGCCCCGGCGCGCGUCACGAGGGCGAGCGGGCGGUGAGCAGGGGGUGGGGCCGCGGCCGGAGGGGCCCGAGCGGCUGCCGAGCCAGAGCCGGAGGAGCGGGGCGCGGGCGGCUGCGGUCCCGGUGGCGGCGGGGGAAGAUGGUGGCGCUGGAGGCGGGAGCAGCUGGAGAGCAGCUUUAUUCCCAGGCUUGGCACGGUCGCUGUCACUAGCGCCGCCUGCUCCCGCGGGCCCGCGAACCCAGCUGUCAGGCAAGGUACCACCGCCAGGGCGGGCUGGGCCCCGUGGAGCCAAAAUGAGCGCGCAGUGAGCCAGCGCAGCCUCUCGCCAGCCAUCCCUCCCGCCCCCCGACGCCCACCAUGAACCACUUGGAGGGCUCCGCGGAGGUGGAGGUGGCCGACGAGGCGCCAGGGGGAGAGGUCAACGAGUCCGUGGAGGCCGACCUGGAGCACCCGGAGGUGGAGGAGGAGCAGCAGCAGCAGCAGCCGCCGUCGCCGUCGCCAUCGCCCCCGCCGCCCUCGGCGGGUCAAGCGCCCGAGGACCACCACGCGCCUCGGGCGCCGCCGCCGCCUCCGCGGCCGCCGCAGGAGGAGGAGGAGGAGCGCGGCGAGUGCCUGGCGCGCUCGGCCAGCACCGAGAGCGGCUUCCACAACCACACGGACACGGCCGAGGGCGACGUGCUCGCCGUGGCCCGCGACGGCUACGAGGCGGAGCGCGCGCAGGACGCCGACGAUGAGAGCGCCUACGCCGUGCAGUACCGGCCGGAGGCCGAAGAGUACACGGAGCAGGCGGAGGCCGAGCACGCCGAGGCGGCGCAGCGGCGCGCGCUGCCCAACCACCUGCACUUCCACUCGCUGGAGCACGAGGAAGCCAUGAACGCCGCCUACUCGGGCUACGUCUACACGCACCGGCUCUUCCACCGCGCCGAGGACGAGCCCUACGCCGAGCCCUACGCCGACUACGGCGGCCUCCAGGAGCACGUGUACGAGGAGAUCGGGGACGCGCCCGAGCUGGAGGCGCGCGACGGCCUGCGGCUCUACGAGCGAGAGCGCGACGAGGCGGCCGCCUACCGCCAGGAGGCGCUGGGCGCGCGGCUGCACCACUACGACGAGCGCUCCGACGGCGAGUCCGACAGCCCCGAGAAGGAGGCGGAGUUCGCGCCCUACCCGCGCAUGGACAGUUAUGAGCAGGAAGAGGACAUCGACCAGAUCGUGGCCGAGGUCAAGCAGAGCAUGAGUUCGCAGAGCCUCGACAAGGCGGCCGAAGACAUGCCCGAGGCGGAGCAGGACCUGGAGCGCGCCCCGAGCCCGGGAGGGGGACACCCCGACAGUCCCGGGCUGCCAGCACCUGCCGGGCAGCAGCAGCAGCAGCAGCGGGUCGUGGGAACCCCGGGAGGCAGCGAGGUUGGGCAGCAGCGGUACAGCAAGGAAAAGAGGGAUGCCAUCUCGCUGGCCAUCAAGGACAUCAAAGAGGCCAUCGAAGAAGUGAAAACCAGGACCAUCCGUUCGCCUUACACCCCCGACGAACCCAAAGAGCCCAUCUGGGUCAUGCGCCAGGACAUUAGCCCCACGAGGGACUGUGAUGACCAGAGGCCCGUGGAUGGAGAUUCUCCGUCUCCUGGCAGUUCCUCACCCCUGGGUGCUGAGUCAUCAAGCAUACCCCUUCAUCCCGGCGACCCCACGGAAGCCUCCACAAAUAAAGAGUCAAGAAAAAGCUUGGCUUCAUUCCCGACCUACGUUGAAGUUCCUGGACCUUGUGACCCUGAAGACUUGAUCGAUGGAAUUAUUUUUGCUGCCAAUUACCUUGGUUCCACUCAGCUACUCUCAGACAAAACUCCCUCCAAAAACGUGCGCAUGAUGCAGGCCCAGGAAGCCGUAAGCCGGAUCAAGACGGCCCAGAAAUUAGCCAAAAGCAGGAAGAAGGCUCCGGAAGGCGAAUCUCAGCCAAUGACUGAGGUGGACCUCUUCAUCUCCACCCAGAGGAUCAAAGUAUUGAAUGCAGAUACACAGGAGCCUAUGAUGGACCAUCCUCUGAGGACCAUUUCCUACAUCGCAGACAUUGGGAACAUUGUUGUACUGAUGGCCCGCAGGCGGAUGCCCCGCUCCAACUCCCAGGAGAAUGUGGAGGCCUCUCACCCGUCCCAGGAUGGAAAAAGACAGUACAAGAUGAUCUGCCAUGUCUUUGAGUCUGAGGAUGCCCAGCUGAUCGCGCAGUCCAUAGGACAGGCAUUCAGUGUGGCAUACCAGGAAUUCCUCAGGGCCAACGGCAUUAACCCAGAAGACCUCAGCCAGAAGGAAUACAGUGACCUGCUCAACACCCAGGACAUGUACAACGAUGACCUGAUCCACUUCUCCAAGUCGGAAAACUGCAAAGAUGUCUUCAUAGAGAAACAGAAAGGAGAAAUCCUGGGUGUUGUGAUUGUGGAGUCUGGCUGGGGAUCCAUUCUACCAACAGUGAUCAUUGCCAACAUGAUGCAUGGAGGCCCUGCAGAGAAGUCAGGGAAGCUGAAUAUCGGGGACCAGAUCAUGUCCAUCAAUGGCACCAGCCUGGUGGGCCUGCCUCUCUCCACCUGCCAGAGCAUCAUUAAGGGCUUAAAGAACCAGGCCCGAGUAAAGCUGAACAUCGUGAGGUGCCCCCCAGUGACCACUGUGCUAAUAAGGAGGCCGGACCUUCGCUACCAGCUGGGUUUCAGCGUGCAGAAUGGAAUUAUCUGCAGCCUCAUGAGAGGGGGAAUAGCUGAGAGAGGAGGCGUCCGCGUGGGACAUCGGAUCAUCGAAAUCAACGGCCAGAGUGUCGUAGCCACACCACAUGAGAAGAUUGUUCACAUCCUCUCCAAUGCUGUAGGGGAGAUCCACAUGAAGACAAUGCCAGCAGCCAUGUACAGACUGCUGACGGCCCAGGAGCAGCCCGUUUACAUCUGAGCCACACCUCCGUGGCGUGGCAGCAUGCAUGGAGGACUCUCCUCACCGUGGUUGUGUUUCUUGUGCUGCAUCCGUGUGUCCACUGAGACAUUCCCCUUUCACGCCCAACAUUUGGUCUUACACAGGAAGAGAAGAAUUGGCAAGGACCUCUUUGUUCUCUGUCUCUCUUCAGUUUGUUUGGUUGUUUUUUUUUUCUGUUCCUUCCUUAAUACCAGGAAGUUUUGUGUGUGCUCUCUUGAGGGUGGACAGCAGCUAACAUCUACCUGGGAUCAUGGUGGAGGGCCUUUGGGGGAUCUGAAAGUGGUCGUUACUGCCCAAGGAGGCUUCAUACCUCCCCAACAGACACAUCCUUCCUGGAAGGAGCCCCCAGAGGCAGCACAAAAUGUGACUGAGCAGUGCCUGAAACUCAGUUGCUGAUCUCUCUGCCCUCCUCACCUCACUUGAUGGGAAGAUAGUUGGUGACAGGUAACCGCGUGGACCAUCUGUAAAACCCACAUCUUUAAGAAUGUCCACUGCCUGCUUUGUAGUUGGGGGCCCUGUACAUUAUUUCUGCCCAGAAUUUCUGAGUCAGUUUUAAAUCUCUUCCAUGGUUUCUUUUAGUUGGAAUGGGUGUGCUAAUGCAGGCCUAACUGCUGAGAAAGGAGGAAGCGACACCCUGGACAAGGCUGCUGUGAGACCACAGAGACUCUGGCAAGUCCCAGUGCCUCCGAGGUUCCCCAGAUUGUCCAAGGUUACCAGUUGGAGGAUAAUCACAGGCAGGUACUAUCCUCUAAUGCAUUUGCAUAGGCACUUACGUGUACAUGAGACCCACACCCGCACCCUCUGCAUACAUACACAUAUACACAGGAGCCCUGCUCAGUGCCUCAUUUGCCCUCUACCUGCAUUGAAGCAGGCUAAAAACCUAGCACACAAACCCCAUGGAGAACCCCCAGCACCUCUCUGGAAGAUUCCCUUCCCCUAGCAGGUUGACAUAGGCAGAAAGCGGCCAGCUUUGUCCUAAGAAAGACACUGUCCUGGCCUUCUCUAUUGCAGUUGGCUCAGAGUUCCCUCCCAGACUCCCCCACACCAUGUACACACUGGAGGUUCUUGAGGGACAAACUGUGGUGUAGGUACCCUAGUGUCAUGCUUCCCUGCCCGAAGGCUAAGCCCGGGCCCAGUCACCACUACUAGUGAGGAUAGGAUAUUUCAAAGGCUAGAAUGAUAAGCCACUAAAUCAGGCAGACUUAGCACUUGGUGGUGGGCCUAGGAAUCCCCAACUGUGCUCCAGAAACAUUCUCUACUGUCUUGUAGCUCUGGGAGUUUGCAGCUGGUACGGAAGGCUUGAUGUCUCCAUCAGAUGCCUCAUGUUUUGGACCACAUCUCAGUCUAGUCCAUGUGUUUUAAUAAUAUCAUUCUGAGCCAGCCUCCUCUUAUUCUUGGUCCAAAGAGCAGUUUGUUUCCACGUGGGAUGUGGCUAGUUUUUGUUUUUGUUUUUGUUUCAUUGAUGACCUCAGAGAUAGAGGAAGAAAAACUAAUAUAUUUUGUAGUAUGAAUAUAAUUCCUGUUCUCUGCAUCUGGGAUAUUUAUAUUAAUGUCUUUGGAAAUGGGAGUUCAGUGAGCAGUACUGGGGAGGAUGGAUUUGUGGAGGGAAGAGAGAUAUCUGGAGGAGGGAGAGAUGUGAAUAGAACAAGAGAAGGAACAGGAGGCUUCAGUCAUGGUGGGAAACAGCCAACCCCUGGGGUCUCUGACUUCAUGAGAUGUCUAGAGAAACUCAGGAAAGCCCAGUGCUUGCUGGGAUCUGCAGUGAGCCCUCAGUUUUACUCUAGCACAAAAAGUCCCAGUGAUAUGAGACCACUGGCUAUCCAAACAGCUGCCUAAGAAGGACCGGGCCUGCUGCUGCAAGAGCUGUGUGGAGUUGGGACCACAGGAGCCAGGUCGUCUGCGCUUGAUUUUAAAGGUAUCUAACAGAACGCUCCUGCAUGACCAGGCCCAAGGUCAAACCCCAGCAAAUGUGGAGACCAGGAGCCAUGGCUUGGGUUUUAUUCACAUCUCCUGAAAUAACUGAUCUGUCAGGUAUCUAACAUCACCACACACUGAAGGGUGUGGUCCAUCUCUCCUCUGCCAGAGAGGAUGGGUAGGACAAAGAGGAACAUUGGGAACCUUGGUAAAGUCACUUGACAGGUUUAUGUCUGUCUGACCCAGGGUGGCCACUAUGGGCAGGUGCCCAAGCACCUGGGCAGGAAGGCAGAAGCAGGACCUCAGAGGCUAACCUGGGACCAAUGGGGGGGGGGGCAGACACCAAAGUCAUCAUGCCCAGUAAUCACAAUGAAUUGUCUUCACCCCAGGGAAGGAGGACAGAGAGAAUGCUUUCCAUUCAUUGCACAAGAACUGUGGAAGCUUCAAGAGGGGCUAAGAAGCAAAGCUUCUCUUGUGAGCUCUCCUAGGGAACUAACAGUUUGGCAUGAUUGUAAGGAUUACUUAGUCUUUUGUGUCAAGGGAGGGUCCUCCCUCCCAGAGGGAGAGCUGUCUGAGCCUGGCCCAGGCCCCCUUCUGCAGCAUAUUCUUCCUCUACUAGCAUCAGACUGAAUGGUUACACUUGGAGUCAGGUCUUGUCUAGCAUCCUCAUAUACAUAGUUACAUAUGUAAAUAUCUCAUUGCUCUCAAUAGUGGGGCCGACUACACACAGACAGAGCUACCUUCCUCAAAAUGCAAGGCACAAAGCCACUCUGCUCACUCAGCUGGAACACGCUGGUGACUUGGCUUUGGGGCAGGCUCCCAGAUCCACACACCCCUACCCCAAGUCCAAUGAGGUUGCACUAGAACCCACUCUGCCUCUGCCUCCUCCUCCGGAGCAUUUCAGGGAGCCACCAUCAGCCUUGAGUUCCUGAGAGGAGGGAAGCCUCACAGAUCCAUGGCCGGAGCCCACUUCCUGAGCGAUCCCUUCCUUCCCCACAGCAGGCUCCAGGGGGGAGUAGAGCACACGGGUUUGCUUUCUGAACUUUGCCCAUCAACAUUGGCCUUCAGGGAGUCCAGAGUAACCUACUACCUCCCCCAAAGCUCCCCCUCCCUCCUCCUGCAGCCCCGCCCACACCAAUGCUCCCUGUGGCACACUGAUGAAAACCCACCCACAGAGCCCUGCUCAGGUCUCUCCACCCACUGGUGUAGCUGUCACCAAUGUUUACAACCAAGGGCCACCUCUUCCUGAUGUUUCAACUCUCCCCUUCACCAGGCUUCCUGUGAGUUUGAGUUUCACCUCUGUCUGCUCCUUCCCUGAUUAGGGUCCACUUGAGUACACAACCCUGAUUUUCUCUUCCCUCCAUCUAAGGCAGUGUGUGAUGACUGUGUGGGAAUGAAAUCUCUUGUACAUACUUAGCACAGCACCUGGGGUACCCGCACCCCUGUUCUGUAAAAGGGUGCAUUAGCGCUUACUGUAAAACAUCGGGAGAAGUAUAGUAUUGUAUUUGUAACAAUAUUGUUCUUUGUAUACACAAAACUCAAUGAUCUCUAUAUAUAAAUAUAAAUAUAUAUAAAUAAAAUAUAUCUACACGUGAGCCUGGAAUGUUGAUACUGCACACCCACUGAAUGUAUUUCCUCUGACAGUCUGGUCACCGGUCCUGACCCACCCUCCCCUUCUUUGUGCCGUGGCGGCAAUUGUCUGGUUUGGGGUUGUGAUGUAUUUAAUGUGCUAUCUCCUUAUUUAACUGAACGCUAAUGUCUGUAUAAGAAUUGCUGCAACAAUAAACAAGGACUUCAACCCCUUG